AUGUAUGAAGAAGAAAGACAAGAUGAGAUGGGGGGAGGAGAUGCUGACUCUCAGCCGGAUCCACAUGCCAAUAAACCUGAAAUUCUAAAAGCCAAAGAAUUUGACAAUUUAUCAAGAAUGUGUCUUCAGCAAGGGAACACCCAACUUGCUCUGGAAUAUUGCGGAAAGGCAACUAAGAUACGUCAAGCCGUGUACGGUGAAAAUCAUCCAGAGACAAUAAAGAGUUUAGAUUUAUUUACUGUUAUCUAUGCAGAUGUAGGAAAGAAACAAUAUGCAGAUGCAAUGAAAAAGUUUGGCAUUGGAGAAUCUGAAGACAAGGAGGACAGUAAAGUGACUGGAAAUAAAGGCAGUGAGGAAAGUGGAUUAAGAUACAGGGGUUCUCAACAUAAAACUGAAGACUCUGAAGUAAGGCAGGAUAAUGAUAGUGUUCCUCAAGAAGAAUAUGAACCAACCAGUCCUGAACAAGAACGUGCAGAUGACUUUGUGAUGACCUUAUUAAUGAUGAUGGUGUUUUUCCUGAUCACAGUAUUUUUUGCCUUAGUUAUGACAUAUAUGUAUUGUCAUUAUGCACCCAAGUCUGAGAUGUGUGCCAGUAUUCGAUCUGAAGUCAAUUACUUUUAUAUGCGACUUAAAUACCACUACUACUAUUAUUUUAAAUCCAAUAAAGGCAGUACCUAUAUGUGAAACUUGCUGCUGUUCAUUAGCAUUUGGGAAUUUUUCUUGUGUUUUGUAAAUUUGCAACUUGCAGCUUUGGUAUGUAUAUAUUAGAUCAGAUUAUUACAAUCUGUGUAUGACCAAUACAAAUAAAUUGUAUAAUUGUUCAGAUGGGAAUUUUAAUGCACACUCCUAUUUUUGACAUUUUCAUAUAUUUGCAAAUGUUUUAUACAAAUAAUAAAUGCUACUAUUUUUGUGGUUUGGUUUGUACUAAAAUUAAAAAUAUGUAUAUUGUAAUCUAGUAUUCUGUCACAAAUACCAUAUAGUUAGUUGAGAAUUGUACCCUUUGAAGUUGACUGAGAAAUAUUUAAAUUAGAAGACUCUCAUUUUAAUGGACUGACAGCCAAAUCACAUGUGUCACUGAGAAUUUUUAGCAUUUGGCCAACUAUGUUUUGAUGGACUGGUGGCCUUAUUGCAAUAAUGUAAUUAUCUGAGAAUUCAAUUUGAACGAUAGUAGUUAAUUUAUAUACUAGCUGAAACAAGUGCCUCAGUAGACCAUGUGAGCACAUAAUGGAUAUCACCUUCAACUGUAUUCUGUACUUAUCACACACUGACAAUAUUUAUAUACAGAGUUGUUUUGUAUUGUGAGUUAUGCAGGUUUAGUGCACUUUUCUACUCUUUUUGCUUGUAUCUAUAAAACCUUUGCAUUAAAACUGUUUUUCUUACUCAAAA